ACCACCGCCACCGGAUAAGGCUGCCCCGACCGCUGGGAGCCUGCGAUUCCGGAGGCUUCGAGGAGCAGGCCAUGGCGCGGGGCGGCCACCUCAGUGCGCUCUGCCUGCCACCUCGCCUCGGCGCCACGCCGCCGUGCUGCGGCCGCCCUGCCGCCGUCCGAGCCAGCAGCUGCUGCGCCAGGCCGCUGCCACCAGGCGGCGCGCGGCGGCGGGGUCGGGGCCGGGGCCGCCUCUUGGUGGUGCGCGCCGGCGGGCCGCCCAGCACCAACGCGCUCAUCCUCGCCUUCGUGCUCCCGCUCUCCCUCUUCGUCGGCACGCUCGUCACCGCCGCUCGCGUCGCCGACGACCUCGACGACCGAUUCCUAAGGGAGAUGGAGAUAAACCGGGCGAUACUGGAAGAGAACGAGGCGUCCGAUGACGACGGCGCCGGUGAGGAAGACGACGACAUUAACGAAGCGGAUGAGGACGCAGAGGAAGAGCUGCCGCCGGUACCGGUGGAGGAGAAGGAACCCGCCACCGUUGUCGGUCCACGCACCAGGAACAGGCCGAGAAGACGAGUGUAAUUAGACGCUCUCUUCUCCGUGUUCAUGCUCAGAGACACAGAGAGAGAGUUUAAUUAUAGCGUGUAUGGUUUGAGGAAUGAGUUCUCGCUUUUUUUUUGUUUAGUUUGUGGAAUAUAAUAAGUUCAUCUAUCACUAUUUUAUUUUUUAUAAUCUAA